AUGGACCCACGAAGUGCCAAAUAUUCCCGCUAUCGUUUGUUGGACACCCAACGAAAUACUGCCUCCAGUGUACCGUGCACCUGUGCCAUUUUCCUAACAGGACAAUUCAACCGAGUCAAUCGUACAGAACAGCCGAAGGGCAACCCCGGUAUACAGUUGGAACUGUUACAACACUUCCCCUGCACCGCUUCCGGGAACAAACAGUGCGCGAACAAGUGCUUGGAUGCGAUCGUCAAACAUUUACCCAAUUCACAGAACGUGAUAUGUGCCACUAUUGACCGGGAUUGUUUCCGGGAACGAGCGUAUCUGUUCUAUCAGAACUGCGCCCCUCGGUGGGUGAACAGUAACCUCUCUGCCGGAAAGGAAUUCUGCUGCCAAAACGACGAACCGAUGCGAUGCAAUCUGAUGGCCGAAUUGAUACGACAAUCGUUACACGAGAGCACUAACAACACGACCGUAGGCAGCUCCGAGGAGGACACAUCACGAGAGUGAUAU